UAACUACACCCAUUCACAAAACACAGUGCAAUUUCAGUGUAGUUGAAGUAAUAGUUGAGUCCAAAAAAAAAAAAAAAUACUUACCCACUCUGCGUUUCCGACGGGAUCUCGCCGUUCCGCCGCCGCCGUCAACUGCCGGAACUAUGGGUUUACUUUAAGAUGUGCCCUAACCCAAAUCACUCUGUAGGCUUGGUUUAGAUCUAGACAGCAGCAGCAAAGUUCGGGAUCAACCGGAGCUCCUGAUGAUCCGGGUCGGGUCGGAUUAACGUCUUAUCUAGGGAUAAUAUGACUGUCUUAAGAAGUGGGAUUCAACAACUUCCUCCAUUUGGCUGCUGAUUGGCUUCCCAGCUAUCUUUGUGGAAAUUUGCUGUCAGAUCUGGAUUUUUUAGAUGGAACCCAACGUAGAUGAGGCUCUUAGAGCUAAGGUAAAUGCUGAAAAGAGAUUUGCUGAGAAGGACUUUUUGGGUGCGAAGAAUUAUGCUUUGAAAGCUCAAAUGUUGUGCCCUGAUUUAGAGGGCGUAGCUCAAAUGGUGGUAACUUUUGGAGUUCACAGUGCUGCUGAGAUGAAAAUUAAUGGAGAGAUUGAUUUCUAUGCAAUCCUAGGAUUGGACCCAUCUGCAGAUAAGUCUCAUGUGAAAAAACAGUAUAAAAAGAUGGCCGUGCUACUUCACCCUGACAAGAACAAAAGUGUUGGAGCUGAUGGGGCAUUUAAGCUUGUUUCAGAGGCAUGGACUGUACUGUCUGAUAAUGGUAAAAGAAGCUCUUAUGAUCACAGGAGAAAUAUGUACUCUAUGCACACUACUACAUCUGGCAAUUUUGAUAACUACAAGUCUUCAGCCUCUCAAAACAGACUUGAUACAUUUUGGACUGUGUGCUCCACCUGUCAUGUUCAGUAUGAGUAUCUCAGAAAGUAUGUAAACAAAAGGCUUUCUUGUAAGAAUUGCCGUGGCGUUUUUAUUGCUGUUGAGACAGGGUUGGCCCCAGUGGAUGGUUCCUAUCCAUACUGCUCCUGGUCCUAUAGGCCUGAGAAUGGGCACCGGAGCCAUGGAAGCGGCGUCACAUAUGUUCCAGGAGCAUCUGUCUAUUGUGCAAAUAAUGGGGUCUCCGGACGUCAUUCUGGACAUGGCUCAGACUAUGCUUCCAAUUUAUCCUUUCAGUGGAUUCCUGGAAAUUCCUCUAGUGUCGCGGAUCCCAGUGGAUUGUCUUCUGUCACUGUUUCCCAAAAGGAGAAAGUAAAGGGCACUAGACAAAGAGGUCAUUGGAAACAACACAUGAAAAAGGUGACAGCUGAUUAUGUUCCACUUGAUGGGAAUGCUAUUCAUAAUCCACAUCAGGGGGCCAAACGUGGUAGGCCUGCUAAGAAGAUGAAAGUUGAAUUUGAAGGAGCUAAUAAUUCUGAAGUGCCUUCUCAGACUGCUGUGGAAGUGGGAGUUGCCAAUGUUCGUAAUGUGAAUCCAAAGCAUAAUUCUAAGCUUUGUACUGCGUCUGAGACUUGUUUCAAAGUUCCUCCUGCCCCUGCUUUGGAUACAAGACAGUUAUUAAUUAACAAGGCCAGAACAGUAAUAUGUAAGAAGCUGGAAGAGAUAAAGCUGGUAGAGGAGAAGAAAAAGGCCCUUGCUGAAAAUGGGGAGUCCAGUAAAAGACCUAAAAGAGAAGGUCGGGCCAGUGCAGGACAUCAAUCAGAGCUAAGGAAAACAGGCUCCAUGACAAUAACAGUCCCAGAUUCUGACUUCCAUGAUUUUGACAAAGAUAGAGCUGAGGAAUGCUUUAAACCGAAGCAAAUAUGGGCUCUAUAUGAUGAAGAAGAUGGAAUGCCACGCUUGUAUUGUCUGAUUCGGCAAGUUAUCUCUCUAAAACCAUUCAAGAUUCAUAUAAGCUACUUAAGCUCAAAAUCAGAUACUGAAUUUGGGUCAGUGAAUUGGUUGUGUUCUGGUUUUACCAAAUCCUGUGGACAUUUUAGGGCAUUUAACUCUGAAAUUGUUGAGCAGGUUAACAUUUUCUCUCAUCUUCUGAGUAGGGAGAAGGCUGGUAGGGGAGGUUGUGUUAGAAUCUUUCCCAAAAGUGGGGAUAUUUGGGCUGUAUACCGGAACUGGUCACCAGAUUGGAAUAGAUCAACCCCAGAUGAAGUUCGACACCAGUAUGAGAUGGUGGAGGUCCUUGAUGACUAUUCUGAAGAACUUGGUGUCUGUGUUGCUCCUUUGGUCAAAGUGGAGGGAUAUAAGACUGUUUAUAAAAGGGACAGUAACAAGGAAGCCAUUCGGUGGAUUCAGAGAAGAGAGAUGUUGCGAUUUUCACAUAUGGUUCCAUCUUGUUUACUGAAAGGGGAUGGCACCAACAUACCAGAGGGAUGCUGGGAUCUUGACCCUGCUGCUACUCCAGAUGAACUUCUCCAGGGAGUAGAUAAUAUGGAGCAUGAAAGGUCUGCACAACCGGAAAAUUCUCCCAGAAACAAUGCAGCAGAAGAACCCUCUGAGAAUAAAAUGGAACAAUGUGCCGCAACAGAUCUUGGGCAACAAAAGAACUCUGCUAUUUCAGAUGAGUCCUAUGAGGUGGCUACAAUUGGACUACAGGGGGUUCAAGAUAUCUCAAACCAAGAAGAAAACCAAUUAAAACCGCCCAAUGAGGUUCCUCGAUUUGCAACAGAUGUGCAUAACAGAGAAAAACCUUGCCAAACAGAACAUUUCAGUUCUACUCCAGGCCCUGGUGAGCAUCUCCAUACUGUAACCAAGGUAUAGCUCAAAGCAAAGGAGAAUGGAAACAGGUGAUUAAGUUCUGAGGUCUCAUUUUAUCAUUAGUCUAACACGAUUGAGAUCAAGUUGUACAGAUUUGAACACACAGCCAAGGAUGAAUCCUCGAAACAUUAGAUAGCUGGGAGGAUCGUAAGUGAUCCAUAGCAUAUGGAGCCCCAUUGUUUGAGGUGGCUCCAUAUCUGUAUGUGCAACUUUGUAAUAGUUAUUCAUAUUUACCCUUUCUUUUACAUAAAUGCUACAGUAGUUAUUAUGUACGGAUUAAUGUAGAACGAACCAUUACCUUUGUGCUUUUUUGCUUUAUGCAAUCUUGUUGGGACUGCACUUUUACAGUUUACUGGGGUUUAAGAUGAUAUGAAGAAUUCCUUGUACUAUUGAA